AUGGAAGACGACAACCUCGAAUUUCUUCUGCAGACCCUUGCAGAUUAUGGGAUAUCUUUCGAUCACAGUGCAAUCAAGUCUGAUUAUGCUCGAAGCCCAGCUGCGGUAGAAGCUUGGAUUUCGAAAUACCUUGGUCCAGAAACACUUUUGACCAAGGAUGAAGCUGCGUUGUACGAUGUACUGUCGCAAUCAGGAGACGCAGAUAAAAUAGCAAAUUCCCAAGACCUGUCGAGCAUAUGUGAUUUGAGCGAUGAGCAACUUCAUACUGCUAUCGAAGAAUUGCAACGAUCCACUACCGCGAUUGAAAAGCAGAGCGAAGCCCUACAAUUACAACAAAGUGCUUUAGCAUUACUUGUUAAAAACAACAAGAAAGCCGGAGCGGCUCGAACCGAAGCAGAUACAAAACAGCUUCGGAAAUGGGAGGCGGAAAAGGGUCAGGUAAAUUCGGCGGUGGAGGAGCUUUCUCAAAAUCUGAUGUAUCAAUUAUCGGACUUGGAGCAACAAAACAAAAUGUCACAAUCUAGUAUCAAGCAAACGGUGGACGGAAUCUUCAAGUUGGAUGAUAAAUUAUUGGCAAGUUUUCAGAAGCUUGCGGGAGAGCUUGAUCCUGGAUCUUCAGAAGAUCAUGAUACCAUUGCUAGAAUACGGGAUCUUUGUGCGAGGUAUAUCAAACAUACUGUCGACGGAGUUAGGACAAAGCUCGACCGAAUAUAUCUCGAAGCCCUCGAAGUUCCUGCUGGUGCAGAUGCGCAAGACACAAACCAGCAGGAGGUCGCCGAAUUACAAGAAGAGCUCGAAUCCUUAUACUCCGAGGUAUUACCUGUGGCUCAAAUGUCUGCCGAGCAGCAAUAUUUGGAACCAGCUUUACGGGAGAUUGCUGCCAAAGGGGACUCAGGUCAAGAGCGAGCUUGUCAAGCUCUCAAAUAUAUGCAAGAAUGCCUUAAUUUCCUCGUUAAGCGUACAGAAUAUUAUGCAGAGCAUAUGGAAGAAUACCAAUGUCAUCAGAUGGCCACUAAAUUUGCAAUAGACACCGGGAAGAAAGAGCUUCAACACCAAGCAGCUCCACAGCCAAGUAGAUCUGUUAGUCACCAACGACAAAUAUCGCAAACACAUAUGUCACCCCGCAAUGGUCGCCGUCGUUCUUCAAUGUUUGAAGAAGUGGAUGCCGAACAACAGCUACUUCGAAAUCUAGGCAUCUCGCUUCCAACGGAAAACGACGAUGCUGAUGCGCGGACUGAAUUUCUCGAGAAUGUCCUUGGUGAAAGGAUUGAGAAGCUUAAGAGUCACACGGCUAAUUUGGAGUCAACAACUGAAACCACCAUAUCUUCACAUGUUCACAAUGCCGACGUGACAAUGCAACUACUUUACAAUGCCCUUCAAGCUGAUUCAAUCUACGGCGAGGUUCAACUACUUGAUCCAGAUAUCGUCUCGUCAUUUAAUACAUUUGAGGGGGAAAUCAAAAAUUUACAGGAAAAUCUCGAAGCUGUGAACCUACAAAGGUUACAAUUAAAAAAUGUCCAUAAAGAGCAGCUGAUAAAACGUUGGUCAAGAUGA